AUGACUACCAGCAAUGCUGCUCGAUUUUUUGAUACAUCAGGUUGCUUGAAUUUAUCUCGGCCAACCAGCAAUACACGAAUUCCAUCUGCUAAACAACAGAAGCCAAAUGUUAAUCGUCCAGGACCAAUUCGAGGUCAAGUUAAAAUUGAUUUAUAUAAUUUUGAUCAUAUCGAUUUUAUUGACUCACAAUAUGUCUUAACAAGUCCUCGUUCACUUGAAGCUUGUGCUCGUAUGAAUGUUAAACCUACUACAUUACUUCCAAGAAAACUAGCCGAUAUUUCAUCUGAGAAAGUACGCUAUUCAACAUUAGUUGAUGUUCACGAUGAAAUGGAAAUAGAGCGAUUGGCUAAAUUACAGCGUUGUCGGGAAGAACGCGAGAAAAUUAUUCAAGAUGAAGAACUUACAAGGCCAUUAUCAGCAAAAAUUGUUGAUCCUAAACCAUCCUAUGUCAAUGAUAGAUCAACAAAUCGAAAAAAUCCUAUCAAUCCAAAAUUUCAUCCACCAUCGACUAGCAUGCGCAGUCGUUCGAAUUCAAUAACGGCUGGAAAGCCUUCACGAAACGAUACUCAUUUCCAUCGGCCUGUACGACCAACAUCAGGCAUUCGCCCAACUGUAACAAGUUCAAAUGUAAAACCAUCGAUUAUUCAAUGGCCAUCAUCUGAUAGUCAGGAUGAAUUACAAACAUCAUCUUCAGCUGGUUUUUUAGAUGAUGUUCGACGAAUGGACGAGAGUCUUCAACGGCUUGGUACAUCAAGCUCAAAAAAGAAUGAACGAUAUAUCGAUGGACUUGCAAAUGUAAAACAAAUAAUAGAACAACGUGUAACUCAAACAACAUCAGACAAUGAUCUUGAAAAUUUACCGUUAGACAAGAAUCAAUAUGAACUUUUACUUUCGCAUUAUGAUCAUGAAUUGAAAAUUCAAAAAGCACGAGAAAAUGCACGUCGAACAGAAAAAGAAAAAGAAGCUGAACGUUAUGAUUCGUUAAUGCAUGAUUUUCUAGAUCAAACUAUGGCUGAAGAACGUCGUCAAAAUGAACUGCGUCGAAAACUUGAAAGACUUCAUCAUUCACGUCAACUCUAUGAAACAUUACAAGCAAAAAAUCAUGAAUUGCAAAUGGCUGAUGUACAAAAACGUCGUUCAGAAUUGCUCAAUGAAAUAAAACGAAAAGAUCGUCGAACGCAACACUUCGUGAAAGAUAAACAAGAAACUACUAAUUUAUCUCGAACAUUAGCUAAAUCAUCACAAGAUACUCGCGAAUACAUAAGAGAAACAAAUGAAAGUUUUGAUCAAAAAGCGAGAAAAGCUGAAUUGGCAAGUAGCAUUUUAGUGACAAAACCGAAGAUAAAUGUCGAUCGACGUUUCUUACAAUCAUCGCUUCGAACAUAA